AUGUGGAUCUUAAGGGUGAAGCGGCCGCCGGGCUCUCCGCCUGUCUUCAAGGCGCGUUACAUGGCUCGAGACUACAGUCAACGGCAGGGAGUUGACUACUUUCAGACCUUCUCUUCCACCCCGAAGAUGACCACUCUUCGGGUGCUGCUGCACAUAGCCGCUCAGUGCGACUACGAGCUUCACUCUCAUGACUUCAGCACAGCUUUCCUGCAGGGCAGCCUGCACGAGGAGAUCUGGCUGCGCCGCCCUCCUGGCUUCACUGGGUCGUUUCCUCGUGGCACCCACUGGAGCCUCCGGCGGCCAGUCUACGGUCUCCGCCGGCCGCGCCGUGAGUUGCACGACACACUGAGGACUACACUUGCGGCUCUUGGGUUUGCUCCUUCUACAGCUGACCCGUCGCUGUUUCUACGCACCGACACCUCUUUGCCGCCGUUCUACAUCCUCGUGUACGUCGACGACCUGGUCUUUGCCACUACUGACACUGCUGGACUCCCCCACGUGAAGUCUGCGCUGCAGAAGAGACACACGUGCACAGACCUGGGUGAACUGCGCAGCUACUUUGGCAUGCGGAUCACCCGGGACAGAGCACAGCGCACCAUUACUCUGACUCAGUCACACAUGGUACAGCAGGUCCUUCAGCGCUUCGGCUUCACGUACUCCUCGCCUCAGGCCACUCCUCUGUCUACUUGCCACUCGCUCUCAGCUCUACCUUCAGAUGAGUCCGUAGAGUCGAGUGGCCCGUACCCAGAGCUUGUUGGCUGCCUCAUGUACCUGAUGACCUGCACUCGACCUGACCUUGCAUACCGUCUUAGCAUCUUGGCACGCUAUGUUGCUCCUGGGAGACACCGACCAGAGCACAUGGCUGCAGCGAAGAGGGUGUUGCGCUACUUGUGCAGUACGUCGGGCAUGGGGCUAGUGCUUGGAGGGCGACGUCGAGUAGUCCUCAGAGGUCACGCUGACGCUUCUUGGGCUGACGACCAGGCUACGCAGCGGUCGUCACAGGGUUACACCUUCAGCCUUGGCUCCGGCUCUGUUUUGUGGUGGUCUACCCGCUCGUCCUCUGUUCUCGGCUCCAGCUGUGAGGCUGAGAUCUACGCAGGGGCCAUGGCUGCACAGGAGCUACGCUGGCUCACCUACCUGCUGACUGACCUUGGAGAGCCGCCUCGUUCUUCUCCAGUUCUGUACGUAGACAACAAGGCCAAGCUGGCCUUGUGUCGGGAGCACAUACUGGAGCACAGAACGAAGCACAUUGCUCUCCGCUACUUCCUGUCUCGUGAGCUGCAGCAGCGUGGUCAGCUCCGCCUCACCUACGUGGCCUCUGAGGCCAACACUGCUGAUAUCUUCACCAAGGCCCUUCCGCCUUGUGAUCAUCAACGCUUCUGUACUGUGCUAGCCUUGUGGGACGCCUAG